AUGUUCAACACAAUUGUCAAUGGUCUCGUGCACAACGCUAUGGAUAGUGAGACGUAUGUAGUCAACAGCAACGCCAGCCUUUCGUCAGUCUUGAAAUCAGGCGUAUUCGCCUCCCCGGCAUCCGAUUUCACGACUUUCCAAAUCGGUUCGACUAUGGUGAACAGUCUACGAGUCUCGGAAAUUAAUACGCUGUGGAUGCUACAGAGCGUCUUCAUCGCCAAGCUGUCCGGAGUAUGGUAUGGUGGCACGCCUAUUUGUGAUAUUAAACUAUAUACCUCGGCAGUCGCCUGCAUUGAUGGCACAGCUUACUUCUUUAUGAUCGCUGGAGAUGAGACACCAGGUGGGGACCAUCAGUGGCCGGCGGUGCGCGGGGCUGAUCAGCUUGGCACGUAUGGCCUGAACUUAACGUACAUAGCCACAACCUCCGAGUGGUCUCAGAACAAGUACGGGUUUGCCGCCAACUUCACCAGCGACCUUAGGUCUACCAUCACAAAUACCUUGGCUCUGCAGGGUCAGGUUGCUCCCGACAAUGAUUGGUUCACCCUUCCCGAAUGUGAUUUGGACUAUUUGAAUAAGACCUACAAUACAGAAAAGUAUUCUGGCGGCGGCGUUCCACUGUGGCCAUACCAGAACACACUGGACAAUCUAGCGGGAGGCUGUGCAGAUGAAGUAAGUUCCAGACCUACACUCCAGCCAGUUAGGACUCAAUGCACAUUUCUUCAUAUACUAACCCUAAUCUAA